GGAAGGAAACUGCGUCUCUUGCAAUCGAACAAGUUGGAACAACCAGUGGGCUAGAUGGUGUAGGGUCCCCGCUAUUGCGACGGCGGAGCGAAGGCGCAGCUGCAUCGUGCGCGAGGAAGAAUAUAUAAGCUCCGCUGUGUCAAAAUCGAAAUCAAUCAGCUUGCUUCUCGAAAUAGGUGAGGCCAGGAUGACGUGGAUGAUCAAUCUCUGCCCUUUCGAUGACGUAAGCCAAGCCUGUCACAAAGAGGAGGCGGGGUUUAAUGCCUGUUAAUUGAAGCCAAAGAGGGAAAGGGUAUCCGUGGUCACCGAUCCGGGGCUAUGGCGGCAAUUUGUCCUCCCCAGUUAUCGUCGCAUCCUCGUGAUUGUUCUGGUGAUUACUUGGUGAAUGAGGGACAGAAGGAAGAAGGGUGGAUAUGCCACGUGUACGAUCGGCUUGGUGGUGACCGUUUAGAUGGACGGGUGAAGGAAGGAGAGGAGGUAGCUACCGUCGACGUCUCAAAGAGGAGAGAGACGGCGGUUCUGUCGCUUCCGUUGAAGGCGGCGGCUCAGGAGGAAGCUCAACGAGUAGACGAGCUUGACCUGGGACAGGGUGCCCAGGGAAAGCGAGGAAGGGGGGUGGGGGGGGGACAGCCAUGGAUCGUGCAGUCGGGACGGUGUGGCUGGUGUAAAUCUCUGCUCGUGCCAAACGUAAGCUGCAGUGUGAGGAUCUUGCAGGAGCGGCCACGUGGGGGUAAAUCUGGUCGGCGACCGCUAGGUAAGCGGAGAUGCAGCUCUCGACGCAGAGGAAUGGGACAGAGACGGACUAGGGUACGAGGGUAUGAUGAUGAUGAUGGUGGGGGGGAUGAAGGGGAAGUUAUGGAGAAGAUUCGGGGAUUUGUUGCUGCCUUGGAUCUUGUCCAAUCUGAAAAUGGAAAGGGUAAUCACCAUGAUGGGGAUAAUCUGUGUCUGAGCGGACGCGGGAAGACGGUUGGGGGGAUGAAGGUCAUUGAGUGGACGAAGAAGACGGAUGAGGUGGUGAUUGCAGAUUGUGGAAGAGGAGAGAUUUGGCGGGAAGGAGGUGAGAUAGCGCCCGAGGGAAUCGCCGCGAUUCGGUAUGAUUGCUUUGCUUGUGGGCACUCAGGACGGAAGAAGGUGGGGGAAGGAUGGGCAGAAGUACAAGCAACAAGAACAAGAACAGCUAGGGCAGAGGAACAAGGAGGGACGCCUUGUCGUCGUCCCAUAGCAGGGGCUGUGAAAAGCCCGCCCGUUAACGAGGAAGGGGUACUGCCGACGGCGACGGCGGCGGAGGAGGCGGUGCGGGAGGGGGAGGCAAAGGAGGAGAAGGAGUGGGAAGGAGAGAGGGGGAAGGAGGAUGGCAGUAAUAGAGGAAGGCGGCGGCAAACGCGGCCGUUCUUGAGAGUUUCGCUGGAACCCGUCGUUGAUCGAAAAACUUCGUCUGCAGUAGUAAAGAAUCCUACGCUCAUGACACUUACGCAAUGUGGGCAAGCAUGCAUAGCAUCCACGUCCAUAUUAUCUUGGCAUGCUGAGAAAGGUAUCGGGACAAGGAACAAGGAGGAGACGAAGUCUGUGGAACAGAUGAAGGGGGGCGCUGCCAUUACCCAUAGAUCGAAUCGCGUGCGUUCUUCCCAUGAUAUCGUGAUGGGACUUGGAAGAAAAAGUGGAUAUGGGGGGGGGGCCAAUGGGGCUUGCUUAACGGUUGAACGGCCUGAACCUGGACGGACAGGGCGGCUGAGUGAGCAGAGGAAGCUGUUGCGGAGCGAGAGUGAUGGCAGGAAAGUAGAUGAACAGAGAGAAGUUUCAAAAACGUGUAGUCGUCGGCAUGGAUGUUUGGGCGACGCCCAGCGUGAAAAUGUAGGAGGAGGAGGACGAGGAGGAGGACGAGGAGGAGGAGGAGGAGGUGGAGGAGAGGCAAUGGUUCCAAGGUCAAGGGGAAAUCCUGAGUCUGUAGCCGGCCAGUUGGCAGAUAGUAUAUCGUUUCUAUACGAGGCCGCUUAUGGAAGCAAUAGGUACGAUGGGUCGAGGGAUGAAGAGGGAGAAGAUCAUCGACAUGCUGGCGAUGGCGGCGCAGAUCAGCGUAGCAGGGACUCCUCCGAGGAUGACUAUCCGGCGGACAGCCAGGAGGACGAUAGUGAGGAGGCCCAGGAAGGUGCUGGCGAUGGCCGCGAUGACGGUGAUGACGGUGAUGACGGCGAUGAUAAUGACAAUGACGGACAUGGCGAGUGUGAGGAUGACGAUGAGGAGGAGGAGGAUGAAGAGGGCACAGGGGACGAAGAAGACGAAGGACGGGAUGGUUCUUCGAACGUGGUCCUUCCCCGUCGUCAGAGAUGGCCGUCAGUAGAGGAGAUUGUAGAGGAUGAUGACGACGAUGCCGGGGAUAUGGAGGAGGAGAAGGGGGAGGUGGAAGAAGAAGAGGAGGAUGACGAAGAGGACAACGCAGGCCAGGGCGAACCUGCAGGAAGUCCUAAUCGUGAGGUGGUUGUUGUGCCACCGGACGAUGAGGAUGAAGAUGAAGGAGAAGCGAUGGAUGAGCACCGGGAAGUUAACCAGGGAAGCCGAAUGGAGGUUGAUGACGACGAGGAAGACGACGUUGAACGAGGCGCAAGAAGGCAGAGAGAGAGGAGUCCUACCGAAUGGGCGAAUGGGGAUGGCGAUGGGGAGGUGGAUCGAGAUGAGAGAGGGGGGAUAGUGAGUAUGAUGGGCAUCGACGACGCGUCGCGCGCUCGUGGGGAUGCGUCCGCGUCACGGGGGGAGAGGUCGCCACGUGGCAUGUUGAUAUCGGCAGGGAGGGCGGAGAUAAGCGGAGCACCUGUGCUAGUAGCAGCAGCAGGGGGAGGAGGGGGAGGAGGGGGGGGAGGAGGAGGAGGAGGAGGAGGAGGAGGAGGAGGAGAGGGAGGAGGAGGAGGAAGUCACGGCGAUGGCAGGAACGAGGACCAUGGCGAUGGGGAAAGAACGGCAGGGGAUAACGACGACCGGGGGGAUGUUGGAGAUGCCGACGAUGGUGAAGCAGAGGGUUAUCGAGCCGGCAGGGGGGGGGGGAGAAAUGGAGGGGGGGAGAGGAGGAGGGAGGGAGGUGGACUGGGAAAUGCUGAUGGAACGGAAAGAGGGGAUGCGGGUGAGGUCGACGAAGAUUGUAUAGUUUUGGCGAAGGAUAUACCAGGGGUAAGUGCGAUGGCAAGUCCAGAGGUGGGGAGGGGAGACGGAGAAGCAGGAGGUGGAGUCACGCCGCCUUCUUCACCACCGAAAAUGACGAAUGACGUGGAUGUUCCCGCCCACCCUGGCCCUGUCCCGGGAUCGACCUCCGGAGAGGGGGAAAGGCAGAAUCCAAUGUGCGCGGCUUCGGCUAGUUCACCGGCUGAUGACGGCGGGGGGGGCCAAAUGGCGGCGGAAGGAUCAGCAGCGGCUGUCCCGAUGGAGGUGGAAGAGGUAGCCGUCCCAAGCGCAGCAGCAGCAGCAGGAGCAGUUGCAACCACAGCAACACCGGCGGCGGCGGCGCCGGCUGCAGUUGUCGCACCAGCAUCAGCAUCAGCAUCAACCGCAGCACUCGCAGGAGCAGGCGGAGGCGGCGGAGGAGGCGGCGGAGGAGGCGGCGGAGGAGCUGUUUUAAGAACGAUAGCGCCUGUGGCACCACCACCUGCCACUGCGAGUGUUGAGAGCGCGAGGACUUCCUCCCAAUUGGUGAUCUGUGUGGAGGACGACGUGGAUGUCUCGAAAGGUGAGGCUAGGAGAACGAGGAGUGCGGGAGGAGACGCUCCUGCGAUGAUGAACAUCACAACUGUUGAUGAACUGGCACCGUUCGUGGGCGAGAGCUCAAAAUCGGAUGUUGCAGUGGCCAUGGCGACGGAAGGGGAAGGGGGGAAAAAUGGCUCGGUAGCCUUCGCCGACGGGAAGAAACAGAGAAAGGCGAAGAAAAGGCCUUUGGGGCUUGCAGGGGAGAAGGGAAAGAGGAAAAUGGAGAUCUCCGCACAGCGUCUCGAGAAGCUUGCAAGGAAUUCUUGGCGAGGGAGGGUGGUCAGUGCUGCGCGUGUGUACAAGCUGCUGGUCAAUGCGAGGCGUUCUGUGAAGAGCCUAGAGGAGAAGCUAACUGCGCAGAAAAAUACUGCGGAAGCAAUGAAGGAAGCAGAGACGACAUGCCGGAAAGAUGUGGAAAGGGCACUGCAGGAUUCGAGGACGGAGGCUACGAACCUGCGGACUAUUUUUGCAAGUAUGGAACAGAAGUGGGCAGCAGAAAGGGGUAGGAUGGAGGAGCAGAUACGGUUGGGUGCAGAGAGGAUUUACAAAGCAGACCAGAUGUUGAUGGAGUUGGGGAAACGUAUUCAGAAGUCGGAGGAGCAAAACCGGGAGCUGGGUGAGGAGAACGCAAAGCUGAAAAUGGAGCGAACGAGGCUACUUGGGGAACAAAUGAAACUGGAUAUAGAUAAGAAAAGGUUGGAAGAGGAGAAUAGGAAGUGCAAGAUGGACAGAGAAGUAGCGCUCAAGACUGUCAGCAACAAUGAAAAGAAAUCGGCGAGCGAAGUACAACGGGCGGAUGAGCUUUUGCAAGCGAAGAAUUUCCUUCUGCAGAAGUUGGACCACGCCGAACGGAAGCUUGUCAGGAGGGACAACCGGAUAAAGAAGCUCAGGGAAAAGAUGGACGAGUUGCAGGAGCAGCGGGGAAAGUGGAAGAAAGAGGCGAAGAGGUUGAAAGAGCUGGUGAAGAAGGACAAGGAGACGGCAGAGAGUCGCAAGGAGCUGGUGGGAGAAUUGGAGGAGGAGAGAAGCAAGCGGCUGCAGGUGGAAGAGACAAGGAACAAAGAGAUGGAGCUGUGGAGGGAAAAGGAACAGGAAUGGCAAGUGGAGAAGCAGCAGCUAGAGGAAAGCAGGUUGUCCGAUGUAAAGCUCUGGGAAGAGAGGCUUGAAGAGGAGAAGAAGAUAUCGAAUAAACACGCACGGAUGUGUCAGACGCUGAAGAAAAUUGUAAAAACCUUGGCCCACAAGGAUAUGAAGGUAAAGGUGAAGCGGGACGCUCCACAGAAGAGGCCUUCUGGUAUUGCUGUGGAGGGCGAGGGAAGGGAAGAGCGAAGGUCAGGUGUAAACAAUGGCAAGGUGCGGACGUUGUCAGAAGGAUCACAGCAACAACCGGGGGCGAGAGUGAGAGAGGCGCCUGAAGCCAAAGUCAGAGAAAUGAAACCAAAGGCAAGAAGGCAGUUGGACGGUGCAGGUGCAGAGGGACUGGUCGAAUUGAAGAAGGCGACGCCAAGCAAGAUUCCGAAGAAGAACAAGAAGAAGGAAGCAAAGGUGGUGUCCGCCUUAAAAGAGAGAGCGGGAGAGAAGAGAGCACCACCUCAUCAGGAACCUGGCCAGGCUGGUGCUGUAGCAAGCGCUGGAAAGAGGAAACGUUCUAAAGAAAAAAAGAAAGUUUUGAAGUCUGUUGGCAAAGUAUUAAUCUCUUGCGCGGAUGGUGGCACAGCACCCAGAUCUGGGCUUGUCUUGAAAAGUGGACAGAGGAAAAUUAUGAGCAAGGAAUACGCGGUGCAAACAUCCACUAAGAGGAAGGGGAUUGCAAGGCAGAGAGAAAAUCUGGAGGAGCCUGUGGAGGAAGAGGAGGAAGAGGAGGAAGAGGAGGAUGAGGAGGAAGAAGGGCAAGAGGAGGGGGAAGAGGAACAAGAGGAUGAGGAUGGUGAAGAGGAUGAAGGUGAAGAGGAAGAAGCAGAGGAGGACGACGAGGAGGAAGACGAGGAGGAGGAGGAAGAGGAGGAAGAGGAAGAAGAAGAAGCUGAUGAAGAAGAGGUGGAAGAAGAUGAUGAAGAUGAUGAUGAGGAUGCGGAGGAAGAGGAUGACGACGAAGAAGAAGAAGAAGAAGAAGAAGAAGAAGAGGAGGAAGAAGAAGAAGAAGAAGAAGAAGAAGAAGAAGACCAAAUGGACGUCCUUUAUAAAUAUCGGAAUGCGGCUUGUGGCCGGGGAAGGAAAGAUGGAUGGUUCAUUCAACAUGCUGCUUCUGAGGGGGAGAAGAGCCUUAUGGGAAAGGCAGGCAAAAAAAGAAAGAAUUCAGGGAACCUGAAGGGGCAGAAGAUGAAUGGGGGAGGGUCUGUGAGCCUCGCAAAGAAGCCUGUGCCAAUUCCAGGUCCAGGUCGUGGGCCAGGCUUCAAGCGGAGUAGCGAUGCCUGUCAGGCAGGGCAGAGGAAGAGGAGGAAGCAAGCACACUUUGCAAGUGGGUUCUAGGGGGGCGCUUUGUGGUGAUGUCUGUGGCCUAGUUUAGACAGAGCUGUAAAUUGUUUUGCGGAGGAGGUUUAAGAUAGUCUUUCUGCGAAUGUGCAUAUCUGCAUGGUUUUUGUGGAGUGAGAAAACCCACCAACUGUGCCAACUGUGUCGUCUCUACUUUCCGUUCACGCUACUCUGUUUCCUCGCAAGAGGGGCAUGGUUGCUGGGUAAGUGUGUGUCUGCAUUACUAAGGAGGGAGUGGGGACGUAAGAAGGCAUCAUCUCUGGUGUUCCCUGCUGGUAGGUUGCUAGGUUGUAGCAUGGCGUGAUUCACUUUGGGUGUGGUUGUUGCGCAAAUAUAGCUCAGAAGAAAUGAAGAAAGUUCGAAGAAGAAAUGAAGAAAGGUCGAAAUGAUGUUAUCUUCCAUUGGGUAAAUAACAGUUCUGUGGAUUCUGUCCACAUCAACAGGAGGCCAAAUCGACAUGCACAUUGCGCAGGGGACACGAGUUUUCAUUCCCACCAGGCGUGAUAAUACCACGUGAGAUUAUUCCCGCCAUGCAUGACUACACGAGUUGAUUCUGCGUAAACGUGAUAAUACCACAAUGACUUGUAGAUGAGGCAAACAACUGCUGUGAAUGAUGUGUGAUUCAGAUCUGCUGUCAAACGCUACGAAUGCAUCGGAGCGAGGAAGUUUAGCAAGGGGUGCUGCAGGUUUUGUUUCAAGGUACGUGACACAUACUGCAGGUGAUGUGAUGAUGACCUUCUGGGCAGUGGUAGGGUUGUGGAAUUGUUAUGGGAACAGUUGUAUUGUGCUGGUUCACCAGCAGCACCAGAACUAAUUUUUCAGUGCAGCAUUGUGGAUGAACGGUGGGUUUGACGUACGUCGUGCACACAGGCAAAUGCCUGUCAAUGAAGCUUUCAUGGUCCC